AUGGCUUACGCAAUACCUACAUCAUCAAAUAACUCUUUAAAUCAUAUUGAAUGGAUGUGGCAAUCGAAUCCAGAUCCAUGGUCGACAACUGAACCAACAGAAUGGGAUCAUUAUUCGGAUGUAAAAAAUUUAAUUAUUGAGGAAGCAUUUUCAAACAAACAGUCAAAAGCUCUGUUAGAUGGAUAUUAUAUUGAUUUUAGAAAUAAUCGACAAAUAUCCAACACAAAUAGUGAUAAGCAAAGACCUGUAAAGCGAAUGAUGCGUAACAGGAAAGAUAAAAAUUUACGGGAAGAGCGUUUUAUGGAUCUUCCUGUUGCUUCAAGAGGUUCUUUAGGCGGUCAAUAUGAUUGGAUAUCGCCAUUUGUCAUCGAAAUUAGAAGAAACUUGAAUCUUAAACCAGAAGAAUUACCAUCAAAAAAGCCGGAUUUGAUUCCCAUGCUUGUUGAAGAAGCUGCUCGUGGUAUUAUUGAAGAAGGAAAAUAUAUUGGAAAAGAACGACAAGCUGAAAAAUUGGCUGAAAUUCUUAGAGAACAAAAAAACAAAGGAAUAAAAGAAGUAUGGCAGCAAUGUGCUUACAUUUAUUCGUUGGAAAGCUUCCUCUAUAAAACGUUGAAUACGACAAUGAGAUUAGUCGGAAACAAAGAUCAUGAACAAGAAUGGAAAAGUAAAAUUCGUACAUUAAGACCAUUUUGUUUAUUGCUCUGGAAUGAUCCAUUUAAAACGAAAUUGAAAACCAAAAAGACACUUUAUAGAGGAGCAAAUUUGAAGUCUGAACAAAUUGUUAAUUACAAAGAAAUGGCUAAACAACGCAAUGAAUAUCGAUCAUUUGAAGCCUUCACAUCGUGUAGUCGAAAUCGUGAAAAAACAGAAGAAUUGGGAAAUACUUUAUUCAUUAUGGAGGUUGAGUCUGCUUUUGUUGUUGAUAUCAGUGAGAUGUCUGAAUAUCCAAAUGAAGAAGAAGAACUUGUCACACCUGAUGUUAGAUUUUGUGUUAAAAACGUUGAAUUUGAUCGCAAAACGAAUAAACAUUUGAUCUACUUGCAACUUCAACAAUGGAAGUCUGGUAAGUAG